AUGGCUCACAACAAGGCCUUGCCUCCUUGGAGUGACGCAGAGAAGAUCCAACUUCUCUUGGAGAUUGCGAAUCAGGUCAACCAAGAUCCUAAUUGGAGAGCUAUCAACAUUCCUGUAGGCCGCACAAAAGCCCAAGCCCAACAACUCUUCACCACCAUGAAGUUGCACGCCCCGCCCGCACCCACGACUGCGACCACCACCACCACUGCCAGCAGCGAUACUCCCACGACCACCACGGUCCUCCCCGUGUCCUCGCCCAGCAGCAACAGGAAGCGCCAGCGCGAAGAUGAAACCUCGGACGCCGCCGCAGAGGCCCAAUCGUCGAGCGGCGCGAUGGAGACACCAGUGACGAAGCGCAAGCGCGGCAGGCCGACAAAGGCGGAGACGGAGGCGCGCCGCGCCGCAGAGGCCCGCGGAGAGAUCCUCCCGAAGCCGAAACCAUAUGUGCCGAAGACGGCAAGCCCGCUGGUGGUGGGUCCCGACGGACAGGUUAAGAGGCGCAGAGGGAGGCCGACAAAGGCAGAGGCGGAGAUGAGGAAGGCGCAUGAGAGGGAGUGGAAGAGGAAGCAGUUGGCGCAGGGGGAGAGUGAGAAGGAGGAAAGUAAGGCGGGAGAGAAGGAGAAGGCGGAGGAGAAGGAGAGUGAGCAGCAGGAGGAGGAGGAAGAGGAGGAAGAGGAAGAGGAGGAGGAGGAGGAGGAAGAGUAG